AAUCUGAUGAAAGUUAAUGAUUAGACGGGCAUCGGGACAUCUAACUAGAGCUCUCUGCUGGGGGCUGUAAUCUAUGCAAAGCGCGGGCGGUGAUCAAACAUAGAUGCUCUCUGGCUGAACAAUGGAUCACCUUUGCAUGCCUUUGCAUUUGAAAUGACAAACAGUCGACUGGGAACUCAAUGAACAAGAAUUGGCGCAGUGUCCUGGCAGAACUGAAUGAGGCAGUCACAGAGGAAUUGGUCAAAGAGAAACGGCUUAUUCACCAGUGCAUUCAAAGUAGGAUCAACAAGUGGAACAAAUGUGGUCUCACAAUGAGUUGGAUGAUGGCUCUGAUGAUGGAGAUACCUAUGAACCACCGCCAAUUGAACGCCCCAUGAUCAACCCGAUACCUGUCAAAAUGAAUAACACUAGUGAAUACGUAGAGCGAGCCAUCAGAAGCAAGCCGGUCCCAAGUAUCCCAAUGACUGGACCUAAACGACCAGUGAAUCUCCCAAAGGAUGACGACGAUGGUGAAUAUUUGGAGCUGGACAUCGUGGAGAGCCGAGGAAGUAAAAAUAUGCCAGAUCCCCGACCGCUGCCAAUCCUCCCUCGAGGUAUACAUCCACAUCCACAGGCAAAGCUUCCUGUUCCUAUUGGGAAAGCGCUUCCUCCGAAACCUCCCUUGGCUCCAGAAGAAGCUGGAAAUCCACCUUUACUGAGCAGAAGAAUGUUCCAGGGUCAAAGUAAAUACACCACGCUUGUGCCAACUCCAUUUAUCCAGAGCGGAUCGUUCCCAAGAAUGCAAGAAGAUUUUACGGGGAAUAUAAGCAGCAGCCCAAUACCUUCUUUGCAAAUUCCUUCUGGAGAGAAUGCCAAUUUACAGAGCAAGCCUUGGUUUACAAUCAAGUGCGAUCGGAAGGCAGCGGAGGUUGCAUUGCAUGAAAACGGCCAGGAUGGUGCGUUUCUUGUUCGGCAUAGUUCGGGAUGUAAUGAACACCAACCGUACACAUUAGCUGUGUUGUACGGGAGAAGGGUUUACAACAUUCCCAUUCGCUUUAACGAAAGCAACAAUCACUAUAUCCUUGGCAAGGAAAAGGCAGGAGAGAAGGUCUUUAAAAAUCUUCCGGAAAUGAUUGAGCAUUAUCAGCAGAAGUCGUUGGUCCUGAUCAACGAGCAGAACCAAGCUAAAGAUCCCACCUUACUGCUUCACCCAGUGCGACUGUGACCCGCAGGCACAUGGAAGUUCUGGCCUGCUCUGAGAUGAAGCCGCAACGUUGCCGCCCCAGUCGUGCCGGAGCAAGGAACCAUUGGCUUGCCUUCCUGGAGCCCAACUCAGCACCGAUUAAAUCCUUGGUCAUGUGCAAAGCAAGUCCCCGAGGCUGAACCAAUAUUUUUGUACAGCAUGCUUUUCUGGUGAAUAAAAAGUCUCCAUGCA